AUACUUAGUUUCGGAGAAUAUAUCUCCUACUUAUCCCAACCACCACGUAAAGGUGUAUCUCACGGUUGGGAAGGCGAACCCCAACCAAUCUCUCAUCUCGGUACUAGUCGUGGUUCGGUUCCCGAAAGUCGUUUCGCGGUUCAAGAAACAUCGCAACGAACUUAUCCAAACAAG